UACUAGAGGGCGGUGUUCACGAUAAUUUGUAUCACUCUAGAUGGUACUUUCACGUCAGUUGAAUGUCAGUUUUGUUGUUUCAACGUAAAACAUGGAAGCGGUUAAAAGUGUUAAAUUGCCAAUAGUGAUGGGUGUAAAAACGAAUGGUGCACAUUGAUGCAUCCGUACUGAUAAAGAUUAAUAGAACGGCCGGAAUUGUUUGUUUUUUUUUUUUAUUAAAGAUUUAUCAAUAGUGUUCAUGAAUUAAUGUGGAUUGAUUAAAAAGAAAUAUGCUAAAAAGUAUUAACAUAUCAGCAUGGACUUAAUUUGUGAUAAAUUUAUAAUCUCCGACCGUUUAGUGUUAUAUUUGGAUUAGGGUUUCCAGAGGAAGAUUGCGACAUGUAUGCUUCGAUAGAGUCGUGGCAAGAUGCAGUGUCGCUUCACACUUCCGGUCAUUACCAUCAGGCGGUCGUCUGCUACCAGCACACAGCAGACGAUAUUUCCGCGCGCUUAUUCUACAAUAUGGCAUGCGCUCACAUCCGGUUGGGAGACCUACACGCAGCGAAGCAGAGCCUAUGCGACGCCGUGAAGCGCGACCGGAACUUGGCUGUGGCCUACUUUCAGCGGGGAACCAUUAAUCUGGAUCUCACACACCAUGAAGAAGCGCUGCGCGAUUUCGAGAUGGCCCGGAUGUUGUUACGAGGCAACCAGUUCAUCAACUAUACACCUUUGAAUCUUUUUGCCACCCUCCAUAUAUCACAGAUUUUUUUCAACAUGGCGUUGGCGGUUCGCCUGGUCAAUGCCAGCGGCGAGGCCGGCUUGUGCGGUAACAUGACGGGUGAGGUGCUUUUCUACCUAAAGGAGGCGUUACGUGACGUUAAUGGUGUUGAUGACGUAAUAAGAUCGCGGAUCGAAACGGCGAUUCACAUGACGAAGGGCGGUGAUGACAUCACUACGCUUCAACCGAUGCGAUUUGACGCUGAUCAGUUAUUCCGCGCACCGCAUGACGUCAUUGGUAACACGCCCCACCCAUCACUAAAGGGCGCCGACAUCUCGAAAAAGGUUUAUACGUGUAACGCGGACGAAACGUCCGCUGAAUUAUUUAAUGGUUGUAAAAAGAAUCCAGAGUUUGAGUUCCGUCGAAGCGUGUCUUUAAUGAGACGAGGGUCAAAAGGCAUCGAUUCCAACUUUCGACGAGCACGAUCCUACAACGCAGCGGAGUGUCGCCAAAGGUUCAAUAAGAAGAAAAUCCUCAAGCCGCAGAAGAACAAUAUGAUAAACCAUGGGAUUGAAUAUAAAGCUUACCAUGGUGAAGAAACUUAUGAUGCUAACCCAUCAAACGUACCAUUCAAACGACGACAUGCUUUUCGCCAAAGACUCAGCAGGAUCAGUAGAUUCGAACAGGCUAUUAGUGAUUCUGUGUUGGUGAAAAAGCCGCUUGCAAAAGAACCCUCAUCAAAGUCUAUGAGCUCGUUUCACGAUGCUAAGAAAUCAGUUAAUAGAUUAGAGAACGUGGAAACUCUUUAUGAUGUUGGUGAAGAUAAGACUAAAAAUUCUGAUUGUAUGCAAAUUUAUAGGCCUGAUAUAAAAGUUCUUAAUCCACAAAAGUCAAAACUUACGACUAAAAAUACUGACACUGAUAAUGGUGGAAACAGUAUACGAAGUAAGGCUACGAGUGUAAUGUCCAUUCUACCGAGUUAUGUGAACUAUUCGUGCACAAAAACUGUACCGAAACGGCAAGUAACAUCCUUAGUCGAUUUAAAGCCUUCUAAAUCGACUUUUUCGCCUUUUGACUCAAAGGAAAACUCAUCGAUGUCUACAUUAAAGAGUCGAUUAUCAAAACUUAGGAUUGAGGACAACAAAAAGGCCAACACAUUUCCAAGUUAUGUUACGCAUGAUGUUUCGAAUGCCGAAAAUUGUGAAGAUAUUAUGGCAACGCCUAAUCUUUCUGACGAAAUCCAGACUCCAAGAAAUGAUGAACACAAAGCACAUUUAAAAGAAAAAUCCACUAGUAAAGAUUCAAAACAGGGAAAAACUGUAGUCAGUGCACGUACCAGUGUUAAAUCCCUCGGUAUUGCGAUUUGUGACUGCUCUUCAGUUGUGAAAUACGCGCUGUCCACCGCUCUGGACGUUGCUACAGUCAUUGUUACACCAGUGGCAGAAAAAUCAGCACAAUCGAGUAAAUCACAAAUUACACAAACUAGAAAACCUCUUAAAUGCAUCAAAAUAAACGAACCAGCCCGAGUCAUGCAUAAACGUAUUAAAAGCACUAAAACUAAACGCGCACCUGAUCCGCCCAAAAUUAGUGACACGCUGUAUGCGAUGGCAGAUUUCGCCGUGGCAUUUGCAAAAGGUGUACCAGAUGAAUCCAGCAUGGACAAUACGGAUGGUUAUCAAGAAAUUACGCCCGAUUAUCUAGAAUAUUCUUUUGAAAUUACGGAACUGAACGAGGCACAUUUUAACAAUGAAAGAACAUACUAUAAUUUUAAAUCUGUAGACGAUUCAAAACUUGACACGGAUGGGUCGAAUUUUGUUACAGCUUCGGAAGGUUGCUUUGAUGAAAAUCAUAAUGUUGUAGAUAAUGAGUACGUAAACAUAAAGCCUAAUUAUGUCAACGUACAACCGGAACAAAAAAGGGACAUUUCAAGUGACGAUCAUACGUAUGAAAACUAUUCACUCAAAGCCAAGCUAUUCAGUAACAACUCUUCCAAAUCAAAUAAAGACAGUAAUGGUGAAGGAGAAAAAAUAAGUUUUUCACCAGCGCACACAUCAUCAAUACUCAGAGAGGAACCAAAAAUCCAGUUUAAACCGAACACGGACAAUAUUGUGAUAACCAAUCUGACGCGAAACAAUACUAUCAAAGACACUAAUGUAGAAGUUCACCAGCUGUCCAAACUAGAAACAAACACCCAAGAAAAUAGUCGACAUACACUCACAGACACAUUGGCACCCAUGGAAAACCGUAGACAACAAACAGCUGUAAGUUCGACAAAAACAUCCCGAGUCAAGCCGCCUCCAUCACUUUCGAUUCUGUCCAAGAAAUAUAACCCACUGGGGUUCAUCCUAGGGCAGUCUCUGAACAUUGCUGUAGGAGUCGUUGGUAACCACAAGUAUGAUGAUGAUAACGACGAUGAUGAGUCCAACUACGAUUCUUGUCUUUGCGAUAUAGAAGAAGAGCAAAGCAUCGAGCAUCAUGAAAUAGAGGGGGAAAUGAGUGAUGAUGCUGUCGAUAUCAAUAAGGACCAUUUUGAAAUACGGACAAUGGAAACUCGACCUUGUACGGAAUCUAACAGCCCUUCUAGUGAUUUCGUUAACGUAAACACUAUCGCGGACACAGCAAAUACAUUACGAGCGAAAACACCCGAGAUCGAUGCUAACAAUAAUUCGGAAACUUCUCUACUAUUUUGAAGUCGAAGACAGCUUCCUUACUUAUUCAUAUGUCUAUACCAAGAGAAUAAUUUGUAUAAAUAAUACUGAAUAAUUAGCAGAUAUUUGUACAAUGAAGCUAGUUUAUGUAUUUUUGGCGACAGCAGUCUUAAGGAGUCUUUAGUGGAAUGAUAUUUAAUUAAUGGGCGAAUAUGGAAUAAGCAGACAAUGAAUUUAUAGAUGACACAUAUACAUAUGUAGUGUAAAAUUAUUGGGUUCCAAACCGUAUAUCAUUGAUAUUCCAACUGAAAUCAUAGACGUAAUAUUGGUUAUAUGUGUUUGUAUCGAUAUGAUUAUUUCAUUUACCUACGAAAUAUGUUUAAAUGCGAAAUAUCUAUGCUAUACAUGGUGUUAUGUUAAUAUGAGCCUCGCUAUGUGAUAACGAAGUUUAAUGCAUGUUCGUUGUGUCGUCGCACAUUUGCAUGCACAGUCCGUACUGGUUGAUCAGGGACGAUAAAUCCUAAACUUAAUUUUUGUCAAGAAAAAUCUAACUAUAAACGAAAAAUACAAAAGCGGAAAGUGUUGUCCCUGAUAAGCCUGUGCCGACUGAACAGGCUAAUUUUGGAAGACACUUAACGCACGUACAUUAAACCACUUUUUUAUGGAGCGCCGCUCAAUUAUUAUGUUACAAAACCGUUUUCAGAUUGACUGUUUCAAAAUGUCCGAGCUAUUUUCUCGGCAUUACGGCGGCUUAUGUCCAAGCCUGAAGUUAUGAUGCAACAUCACAUCCUUCUCUCCAUAUUUAAGCACAUGGCUAAGUCCCUUUCAUUUGGCAAGCAUUGUUUGCAGAAAAAAAGCUUUUGUUUGUACUGCGAAUUAUUUAGGUAAAUGUAAUACAGUAAAUAUUCAUAAGUAUUACUACAAAUGCAUGUAUACAUUAGUAAACUGGUGUAUUACAAGCGCACGUAUGUAUUAAUAAACUGAGGGUGAAUACAUAAGGUAACUGACUAACGACCGUUAUUGGUUAAGCGCAAAGUAAUCAAAAUGAUGAACCUGUAAUUUAUAGUUUAAACAUUAAAUACAUGAUAUGAUGA